CUUCUCACCUGAGAACUCUCGAUCAGCAUCUCCAAUGGCGGAAGUGGUGACAAAGAAAGGAAGGAGCCGGAAGCCAUUGAAGGACAUCUCGGCCAACGAUGUCAACAUCUCUGCAGGGAAUCCCUCCUCAACAGCCCCAUUCCCCAAAGGCGAGAAGGAGAACCGCGAAGGUCUCACUCUGAACUCUUCUCCAAAGAAGAAAACCAAGAAGGUCGCCUCUAAGCCCAAGGCCUCAUCCCCUGCUGAUGAGAUCUCCUUGGAGGAUGAGUUGCGAGAGAUGGAGGAGAAGUUUGAGAAGCUGCAGAUCGAGAAGAAGAAGACUGAGGAGCUCCUGAGAGAAAGGGAGGAGAUGCUCAAGCAGAAGGAUGAGGAGAUUGAGAAAAGAGGCAAGGAGCAGGAGAAGCUCCAGAAGGAGCUCAAGAAACUACAAAAGCUGAAGGAGUUCAAGCCCACUGUGAGCCUUCCUGUUAUCAAGUCAUUGAGGGAGAAGGAAGAAGAGAACAAGGACAAGAAGAAGAAAAAGAAGAAAAACAAGGAUUUAGUUGAGAAGAAGAAGCCAUGCGCGGCUUACAUCUCUUGGUGCAGAGAUCAAUGGAAUGAGGUUAAGAAGGAGAGGCCAGAAGCUGAUUUCAAAGAGGUCUCCAACUUGUUGGGAGCUAGAUGGAAGAGUCUGAGUGCUGAGGAGAAGAAGCCUUAUGAGGAGAAGUACCAGAAAGAGAAAGAAGAGUACUUGAAGAUUGUUGGGCAAGAGAAGCGAGAGAAUGAGGCAAUGAAGCUCUUAGAAGAGGAGCAGGUUCAGAAGACAGCAAUGGAGUUGCUUGAGCAGUAUCUUCAAUUCAAACAGGAUGCUGAGAAAGAAGUGAAGAAAUCCAGGAAGGAGAAGGACCCUCUUAAGCCAAAGCAGCCAAUGUCAGCUUUCUUCUUGUACUCAAAUGACCGUCGCGCCAGUCUCAUUGAGGAGAAAAAGAAUGUGCUUGAGAUUGCUAAGAUAGCAGGAGAGGAAUGGAAGAACAUGACAGAAGAUGAGAAGGCACCAUAUGAAGAGAAAGCAAAGCAACAGAAAGAAGAGUAUGCUCGGCAAAUGGAGCUUUACAAACAGAGAAAGCUUGAGGAAACUGUAUGCCUAGAGAAAGAAGAGGAGGAACAGAAGAAAAUUCUGAAACAAGAGGCACUUCAGUUGCUAAAGAAGAAGGAGAAGACAGAGAACAUAAUUAAGAAAACUAAGGAAACUAAACAGAAGCAGAAGAAGAAACGGGAAGAGAAGAACACUGAUCCAAACAAGCCAAAGAAGCCAGCCUCAUCCUUUCUGCUUUUCAGUAAAGAAGCAAGGAAAUCUUUGCUAGAAGAGAAGCCAGGCAUCAGUAACUCUACACUUAGUGCCAUGAUAUCCGUGAAGUGGAAGGAACUAAGUGAAGCUGACAGAAAGGUGUGGAAUGAAAAAGCAGCAGAAGGCAUGGAAGCAUACAAAAGAGAAAUGGAAGAGUACAACAAGUCAGUUGCCAAUGGUAACAAUGUAGUUCCUAACAGUUAGUCUGCAAGUGUGAUUUGUUCAAUUGGUUUUUGGUUGUUCAGACUGAGCAUAGAGAGAUAUGCAGCAUUUGUUUCUCUUUUUGAUCUUCUAGAUCACCUGUGGCUGAUCUUCAUGACUACUGUGAUUUGUUGAAUUAACAUUUUGUAAUUUGGUUUGGAUCAUUCAUUAAUCAUGAAUGUGAUUUUUGGAAUUA